UCAGGAUCCAAUUUUAACUUACUCAAGAAAUCAAAAUAUUAAUGAAACACUAUAUGAUGAACUCGAUAAUUCAGAUAUUAAUAGCGAUUCAAAUUCUAAUAAUGAACAUGAGCUUGAAUAUGAACAAGAAUCAGAUUAUUUUGAUAAGUUCGAAAUAGCUCAAGAUAUAGAAAGUCUAAAUAAUUUUGAUAAUGUUGAAAAUACUCAAGAAAUCAAAAGCUUUGAUGUUGAAAUACAUAGCAGUACAUCAAUACAACAAUAUAAAGAUUCUACAAAAAAUACUUCAUUAAAUAAAUGA